AGCCAUUCCUUGAGAGCAGCUGGGACGAGGAGGGGAGAGGGGGGCCAGAGGCAGCCGUCAUCAGCAGAGCUCAGAGUCAGCUGGCUGAGCAGAGCAUGGUGGCAGAGCAGAGCGCAGCCGAGCAGCAGGACAGGGUGCAGCUGCUGGGCUUUGGCCAGGAGAGUCAGAGGAGCCAAACAGUUCGGAUCACAAGUCUGACUCCUCAAAGUGUAGAUAUGUUUGAUAACUCCAACUACCCCUUCAACUGUUUUAACUACGAUGGGGACGGAUACCCUUCCUCCAGCACGGACGAAGAGAAGAAGAUGUGUAGACCCGCGUACAGCUACAUAGCUCUGAUAGCCAUGGCCAUCCAGCAGAGUCCGGAGCAGCGCGUCACUCUGUCGGGCAUCUACGAGUUCAUCAUGAAGAGAUUUCCUUAUUACCGCUCCAACCAGAGAGCCUGGCAGAACUCCAUCAGACACAACCUGUCUCUCAACAGCUGCUUCAUCAAGGUUCCUCGGACAGAGGGCAAUGAGAAGGGAAAGGGAAACUACUGGACGUUUGCCACCGGCUGUGAGUCCAUGCUCGACCUGUUUGAAAACGGCAACUUCCGCCGCCGUCGCCGCAGGAGGAACAUGAAAAUCGGCUUCCGUGAUUCAGGAGAAACCCCUUUCCACCCUCUGGAGAGCCACAGCAAUCAGCACCUACCGGCCGCUCGGCGCCCCGAACCCGACUCCACCCUCUGCCCCUUGAACCCUGACAGGCCGAGGCAGGGCCCGCAGCAGAACCACCUCAUCCCAAACCCCGCCCAGCAGGGCAAACCAGAGUCAGAGAUCAAGUUUAGCAUUGACUACAUCCUGUCCACUCCGGAUCCACCCCUGUCUGGGUUUAGAUCCUCCCACGGCCCUGUUCACAUAGGGCCCACGGGGCCUCCCAUACAUGUCCUGGAGCCCCAACAUCUGAACCUGCACUUCUGGACUCUGUAA